AUGGCCUAUGUCGUUUGGCGAGUGUUGCGGAAGAAGUAUCUCAAAGUCAGAAGCGGAGUCACUCUGAACGGUUUGAUGACCACCGAGAGCAACGCCAGUGGAACGGAUUCGCCGAGUACCGCGACUACGACGACGGCUAUGACAGCGACGGGCGCUGCGGUCGGCAAUUUCUACCGUCAGUUCUCGAAGAAGAACAAGAAGAACAACGAAAAAAAGAAGAAGAACAGCAGCAACAACAACUACAACAACAACAACAACAGCAGCAGCAACAACAAAAAAACAGAUCGUCAAGACGUGCCGGUCGCCGUGGUGGCGGCUACGUCGACGUCCGCCACGCCGACCGCUGUCUCCGUCACCGCCGAGGACACCACAGCCGCCUCCGAGACUGCCGAACAACACGCCCAGGACCGGCCGGCCGCGGCCACACCGUAUAACCCGCGGCUCCGGCCGGCGCUCGCGGCCCAAGUGGUCGAAGCGCCGCCGUGGCUGGUGGCCGACCACUUCGUCACCGAACACGUCGCUCACGAACACGUGUCCGUGGUGCCGGAACCAGAUCACGCGGACCCGGUGCCGGCGGCGCCGGACGAACACGCCGCCUCGCUGCAGCCGGGACCCGCGACGGCCGUCUGCGCAAAAGCCCCGGCGGUCGCCUCGUCGUGCGCGCACGAUCCUCAACCAAAACUAAUUACUGUUCAACAACUCGUUGAUGAGUUUAUUGGACCAUACUAUGUGAAUUAUAGCGAAACACGUGCAGUUCUCGUGAGGCAAGCAAAACAGUUGCUGACAAACGUAUACCAAGAUGAUGUCGCUAACUUUCAUAGGUGUUUUUGUGUACCAGUCAGCGAAAUUCUCAAAAAAGUUGUAGAAACGUUCAGAAAAUAUCAGUGUUGUGACGGUUGGACUGGGUGGCCGCUUAGCCACGGUCAGCGUGGCGUGCUGACUCAUCUGGUGGCGCCGAUCGGUUGCUGCUCGGGCGGCGCACCGCUGUCUGACGCGUACCUGUCGCUGGACGUGGCUAGUGCUGGGCUGGCUGUGAACUGGGUGGGCGCGGGCGCCCGGCUCCGAAGCAGACUGUCCACCGAUACCGCGGCCAUGCUGGCCGGUGAUUUGCAACAGCUGAGCGCCACGCUCAAACACCUGGUAGCCGUGGUCGACAGGUCGGUCCACAGGGUGCCGCUCGACCGGAUACCGUACCCUUGUUACGGAUGCCAAGACCGGAUGUGCCAGUCGCCGACGCGACAUCCGCGACAGACCUUUGCCACCGACAACGAUGACCGCACAAAGGCCGCCUUGCAACAGCAGCACAGCAACGGUGGCAGUGUGUAUGACGACGCCGACAACUCUAUACCACAUAUCGACUCCGACCCAGAGGACUCGUCGAUCCAAGACAAACCCUACCCGCCGGUCGACAACGAAGGCAUAACAGCUAUGAUACACCACCAGAAGCAGUCACAACAGUCCAUCAGAGUACCUAAGUCCAUUUGUGACCUAUCGGAAGACGUUCUCACAUCGGGAAUACAAUUUCCAGGAGCCGUGGACCGACAGGGUAAUGCGGUAAUAUUAUGGGUCGAAGGACAGUCUGAGCAUGGCUCGGAAACCAUGUCAGACGUGAAUGCGGCAGAGCUUAUUUUGUACUACGCAUCUUUGAGAAACAGAAACGAAAGGAACUCGUCGUUGACCAUUUUGGUGCACGAAAAUAGCUACACUAGCAUAGAAUUCGUUGAUUGUGUGUUGGAACUGAUAAAGCAUCAAGUUUCCGUGGACAAAGUAAUUUUUUGCACGAAGCGAGACGCAGAAGGAAACCGACUAAAAUACAGCCAAAUUCGGUGUUACGCCGUCAAUUCAUACAACGGGCUUCUAGAGUUCUUUGAAGACAGUCAGAUUCCGUCGGCUUGUGGCGGCCCGUACACACACAGCCAACUUGAAUGGAUUGAUUUCUAUAAGGAAUCGGAGAGACUAACUUAUUUGAGUCAGACUGCCGGAAAUCGACUCGUGACAGCUAUUGCGGACAUGGGAAACGUACAACAAGAACGCAAUGCAAUAUCCAAAUUUUUGGACGACUCAGAUAUUAAAAAUUUACUUCAAGAUGCUAGACAGAGCAUGGAAAUACUCGUACAACAUGCACGCUGGUUAAACGAAGAUAGAUUUGUGAUGUCGAGUUUCGAGGAUGUGAAGAAGUUUCACAGUGAAGUCGAGGGUGCCGCAGUCCGGUUGGAAGAAUUGCUAUUGCAGAAGAAAAAAAAAAUAAUGCAAGCAGCUAGAGUCAACGCUUUGGAGGCCGAAACUCACGAGGUUCUCUCCUGGCUAACCAACAAAGGAGAACAUGCGUUGGUUCAACAUGCUGAUUUGGCCAACAGUCUGCCGGCCAUCCGGCAACAGGAACAAGACUUUGAAAAAUUUUACUUCGUCUCCAUGCAAAAUCUCGAUAAAGCAGGAGAUUUGUUGGAAGAAGCAGGUCAAUGCAGCAAUGGCACCAGUCUAAAAGAUCUGGCAAAAUCUUUAAAGCAGCAUCUUAGAGGUUUUAGUGAUCGACUAGAAGAGACUCGUGAAAGACUCGAAGAUACAUCACGCUGUUUUUACUUACUCGAUAAGGCUUACGAUUGGGCUUUAGAAUGUAUGAAGUACAUAUCUGAAAAGCACGACACGCGUAACGUUAAAGAACUACGAAGAUACUUAAUGGCACAUCCGUCUCCCACUGCUCAACACUUCUCGGAGAUGAUGAUGUUGGCCAACAAGCUCAACAAUGAUAAACUAAUCAAACAGUGCAAGGUGGCCAUGGUAAGAUGCGAAGAGACCAACGACCAACUGAAGCACCUGUUGGGUCCGGAAACAUUCCCGACUAGUACUCCCUUGCCACCUAGAAGGACGUCCGCACCGGAGCACCAUGCAACAAAUGGUAACUCAACGGCGGACAACCACCAUUGUGGCUGGGUAGGAGCUACGGAGGAAAACUUUUAUUGCGAGACAGACCGGCUCGCACUCAGUCAUAUCCCGUCUGCCAAUUGGACUUACAAUGAUGAAGAAGACGAGGAAAAACUGAGCUGCUCUCAUACGACUGAAGGGAGUGAUGAAAAUAAGAGUAAUGAAGAAAGCGACGACACUAAUUGUCCCGAUCUCGGUUGCAGCAAAAAUCAAAGUCUACCGCCUUUGUCCGUCAACAGUCAUCUGCACCACAUGUCUAACCUACAGUUGAAUAUGGAUUGCGGCACGCAAACACUUAAGUUACAAAAAACCGUCAAGCUGAUCAUGAGGGAAAUGAUACAGACUGAGCGAGAUUAUGUCAAGUCACUGGAAUACGUGAUAGAGAACUACGUUCCUAUGUUGCUCAAUGAAGAUAUUCCACAAGCCCUGCGUGGCCAGCGCAACGUCAUUUUCGGUAACAUCGAGAAGAUCUAUGAGUUUCACAGCCAACACUUCCUUAAGGAGCUGGAGAGACACGAAAACUGCCCAUUGCAAGUGGGAGAAUCUUUUCUAAAACACGAAAAGAAAUUUUACUUGUACGCGCUAUACAACAAGAACAAACCGAAUUCGGAUUCGCUGAUGUCCGAAUAUGGUUCUGCAUUCUUUAAGGCAAAACAAUUAGAACUCCGCGACCGAAUGGACUUGGCCAGUUACUUAUUGAAGCCCGUGCAGAGAAUGGGCAAGUAUGCGCUGCUGUUACAACAGCUCAUGAAGAUGGCUAAAGGUGACACAGAACACCUCCGGCUUGCCGAAAACAUGGUCAGGUUCCAGUUGCGACACGGCAACGAUCUGCUGGCCAUGGACUCGCUCCGGGAGUGCGAUGUCAACCUGAAAGAGCAGGGCCGACUUUUGCGGCAGAACGAGUUCCUCGUGUGGCAGGGCAAAGGCAAGAAGUGCUUGCGACAGGUAUUCCUGUUCGAGGAGCUCAUACUGUUUAGCAAGGCUAGACGAUUCCCCGACCAAACGAAUCUGGACUUGUACGUGUACAAGAACAGUAUAAAAACCAGUGACAUCGGGUUCACCGCCAAAGUCGGUGACAGCAACACGAAAUUCGAAAUAUGGUUCCGAAAACGCAAGCCGGGCGACACGUACACGUUGGUGUCCAUGUCCGAAGACAUCAAACAGUCGUGGACCGAUGAGUUAUCCAACUUACUGUGGAAACAGGCGCUACGAAACAGAGAGGUUAGGCUGGCGGAAAUGUCUUCUAUGGGAAUUGGCAACAAACCCUGUUUGGACAUCCGGCCGAGUGCGGAUCAAAUCAACGAUCGAUCCAUCACGUUCGCGCAGCUCAGUAAAACUGCCCCACGGUUCCGGAACUCGAUAGUGGCGUUGCCCUCGGACCUGGACUCGAUCGCCAAGCGGCCGCACUCGAUCAUAUCGGUGAGCAGCAGCAGCGCGGGCAGCAGCAACAGCAGCAGCGGCAGCAGCAGCAGCGGCGCGAGCUGUCGGAGUAGCGAGGGCGCCCGGCAGACCAGUCAGUGUUCCAGCCAGUCGACCGAGAGCGGUAUCGUGGCCGACUGGUACAGCCGGAACAGCCACUCGGGCAGCAUCGCCUCGGACACGCUCGUCCGGUCGCCGGCCUCCGCCGCCGCCACCGCCGCCAACAACAACAACAACAACAACAACAACAACAGCAGCAGCAGCAGCAACAGUAAGGGCUCGACGGCAAAGUCGUCGGGCACCGUUGCCGCCGCGUCGGACUCGACGGCCGCCGCCUCGACCACGCGGCUAUCGGUCAAACUGUAGGCAGACAGAAAGACAGACAGACAAGACAGAAAAGACAGACACUCGCUAUAUAAUAUUAUUAUAUAGAUUUUUUAUAUUAAUCGUAUUCCCAAAGGAAAUCAAUAGUUACCGGAUCAAUCCACAUCAUUUUUUUUUUUGUUUCGUCUUCGCCUAUAUAUUAUGCUCUUGUAGAGACGCCCUGCGAGAAACUCCGUUGUUGUUAUUAUUUUAAUUUUUAAUUUUUUACCUUUAACAAAAAACAAUUUGAAUUUAUAUUAUAUAAUAUGUCGCAUCGUUCGCACCGUUAUGACGACGACUACGACGACGACGACGACGACGAUGAUAUAGUCUAGUUAUUUACACGUAGAUACGUACCUUUGAUUGUUUAAGGUUUAUUUAAGAUAAAUAUUUAUUGUUAUUAUUAUUAUUAUUAUUAUUAUUAUUUUUAUUACGAUUAUUGUAUAAUCGGCGCGGACGUGUACCCGGACGAGACGAAUGUUUUGGGUCCGGUACACGGUCUGUGUACUGUGUAAUAGUUAUAUUUUAUGUGUUGAGAGAUAAUCUAGACCACGGCGCCUAAUAUUAUUAUUAUUAUUAUUAUAUAUUUUCUAUUAGAUAUAUAUCUAUAAAUUUAUAUAUAUAUAUAUACAUGAUAAUAUGUAUACAUUUAUAGAUAUAUAUGUAUACUCAAAAAUAGAUCUCCUUCGACUUUCUUACUUGAAUCUAUCCUCAGAGAACAAACAAUAUGUAUUUUACAUAAAUUUUCAAGUUAUUAUUAUUACAUCAAAAUUGUAUUUGUUGCUCAAAUUUAAUACAAAUCGCAAUUACAAAUU